AUGCAAAACUUGCAAAAAGUGAAAUUCGUUAUAACUGUUGCAGUAGGAUGUCUAGGUAUGGCGAUGGCUGGCUCCAUUUUCGCCUUCAAUGCUUACUCCAAUGCUUUAAAGAAAACUUUUAGAUACACACAGUCACAAGUUGAAUUGAUGGCAUCCUUCAGUAACCUGGGAUUAACUAUGGGCUUUCCUGCUGGAUUGGUGUUCGAGAAGUUUGGAUCAAGGUGGACUUCGUUUACCUCUCUGAUAUUAUCAAUUACUGGCUUCACUCUUCUCUAUACAACCACUAAAUCUACUGAGUUUUAUCAUGAUUAUCCUUUUCUUCAAGUUAUUUAUUUCUUUCUUAUUGGGUUAGGAGGGAUAUUUACUUACAUGUCAAGUCUUGCAACCAGUAUGAAGAACGUUGAAUUAAAACAUCGCGGGAAAAUUGUAGGAAUUCUCGAUGCUGCUUUCAGUGCUGGUCCAGCUUUAACCGCUCUAAUUUAUGGGGUUGCUUUUGUUAAUGGACAUGUUCAUGAUGAGCAAAAUCAAAAUUUAUCAGGAUUUUUUCUAACAUGUUUGAUAGCUUUUGUGGUUGUAAAUUUUCUUGGAAUCACAUUACUGAAGAUUUAUGUUCGUGAAGAUGAAUCAAGGUCUCUUUUGCCCAAUGAUGAUGACAACGAGGAAGCAGAGGAUCAUGAAGUUGUGGAAGACAUUACAGGGAGAAAGUUACUAACAAAUUUUGACUUUCAUUUUAUACUUUGGCCAUUAGUGUUUUGUACAAGUUUACAACUGAUGUAUAUAAACAAUAUCACAACUUAUUUAAAAUCCUUCCAUUAUGAAGAUAAAAGCACACUUUUUACGGUGCUUAAUCCAGUUUCUGCAACAGUAUCUAAAUUAAUCGCAGGAUUUUCCUCUGAUUUUCUCGCUAUAAAGAUUCCUCGAUCUGCAUUUCUGCUUAUAACUACCACUUUUCAAACAAUUGUGCUGACCGUCUGUGUGUUCUGGGGCGAUUCAUAUCCGAUUCUUCUAUUGGCAGUGUUUGGUGUAGGAAUUCCUAAUGGAGCAACUUGGUGCUUGUCACCAACAAUAACCAGUGAAUAUUUUGGAAUGAAAUAUUUUGGAAUGAAUUGGGGUCUGAUGAUGGUUGGAACUGGGGUUCUGGGAGUGUUGUUACAGCAGAUGUUUGGCGCGCUGUAUGAUAAUGCUAUAGGUAUUGAAGGAAUAACACAAUGUUACGGGUUAAAAUGUUUCCGUUGGAGUUAUGCUGUGGCUGCUACUAUGAGUUUGUGUUCUAUGAUUAUGUACAUAGGAUUAAUAGAAAGAAGAGUAACAUUAAAGAAACAUCAAAAACAGGAACGUGAUCAAAAAAACAUCCAAAAACAAAGUUACCAGGAUUAUUAUAAAGAUGUUACAAUUUCUACUAUGUCGGCUGACAGAUAA